AUGGAAACAACAAUUGUAAAAGAAUCGUUGACUCUAAACAACACGUGUCGCUUGUGCUUGUCGACGAAUGGAGUUGCGGAAUUGUUGGAAUAUGAUCAAUCUGACAAAAUACUUCUGCAAAAAAUUUAUGAAUGUACCUCUUUGCAGAUUACACCGAUGGAUGGAGUACCGUUGGCGAUUUGUGCAGUUUGCAAGGAACGGUUGGAAGAAUUUUAUCAAUUUCGAUGGCAGUGUAUUAGAAAUAAUGAGGUUAUUCAGCGUAUUGCAGCUGAAUCCACUAAAUCCUUGUCUACUGCUGAUGUACAACACCUAGGUGGAAAUGAUUCGAUUGCAGUCAACCCAAACGACACAGUUGUGCAAGUCUCUGCUUCGAUGGCACCACAUUAUUCGGCAUAUGCGGUGCACAUGUGCGGUUCACCAUCGUCCAUCGACCAUAGACCGUCGAUGAUACAAUCAAGCGCACACUUUGUACCGAACACGAACGAAGUGGAAAUGAGUCAGCAUCCACCAGGAGAUGUGAAAUAUUCCCGCCCUACGUGCGCUAAUUUUGUAACAAGCGAAAUAACUACGUUUCGUCGAAAACGGGGUCGUCCUCCGAAACAACAGUAUGAAGUCCCGAUGCAUGCAGCACCUACCGACAUCCAGCCACCACCAAUGAACGGGUGGACCGGUGAGCAAAGUGCUCCUGGGAGAGAAUUUUCCAGAUUGGCGCACGAACCACCAAAUGGCACAAGCGACAAUCAAGGAGAUCACGAUUGGUUUAAAAUUAAGCUAGAGCAUAUCGAUCCACAAAUGCAGCAUCCGACACAGCAACCGGUGAGGAAUGAUCUCUCGUCGUCUGCAAGUAACGCGCCAUUUGUUAAUGCCGAACACGUGUUGCCGACGUCGGGCACACUAACAACGACCAGCACUUUGACCGUUGGUCAACCGGCCCAACUUAAACGGGGUCGUGGCCGUCCGCCUCGUGAAGGCCAAUGUCCCAAUGAGGACCGGGAAGAAUAUCGCUUCCGCUGCCAGUUUUGCAGCGCUCGUUUCAAAGCAGCCAUUAAUCUCAAGCUCCAUACCAACACGCACACGGGAGAGAAACCGUACCUAUGCACGGUUUGUAGCAAAUCGUUUGCCCAUCCGAGUAAUCUUAGCGUACAUAUGAAGCUCCAUAGCAAUCAAAUAGGGGCAGCGAGUGAUGGUGGACCCGUUGAGCGCAGAAAGCAAAACGCCUCAAGCAGUCACGCUUUGGAGAAAAAAUACCAAUGUCCCUACUGCCGUUCCUUGUUUGCGUUGGCAUUCCAACUGAAAAUUCACAUAAACACACAUACCGGGCAAAAGCCGUACGUAUGCAAGAACUGCGGAAAGGGUUUCGCUCAACCGAGUAACCUGCAGGUGCAUAGUAAGAAGCACUGCCGGCGAAAGCAAUCCUUAUUGACCCCAGAAAUGGAAGUCAGAAAUGUUACUGCCUCAACGACGAAAAUAGAGCAAGAAUCAUUUUCGUAUGGAAAGCCUAACUCGAUCAAGGAUGAGUACGCGCUUACUUCUCCAAUCCCUCCACAUGUUGAUGUUCAAGAAGGGCAAUCCCAAAGUCACCCAGCAAUAUCCGUUUCCCAUGCGAUGUUGGUUUAGAGAGAAUGGACUUUUUUUGUUGU